CAACCACAGCAGCUCCAACCAUGACUACCGCUGUUCGGACUACAACAACAGCAGCUACAACCACAACAACAGCUACCCCAACCACAACAGUUACCCCAACCACAACUAUAGCAUCUAAAACAACUACAGCACCUUCAACCACAACUACAGCGGCUCCAACCACAACAACAGCUUCUCCUACCGUAACAACAACAGCUCCAACAACAGCUCCAACCACAUCCACCGCUGCUCUAACCGUAACAACAGCUGCUCCAACAACAACAACAGCAGCUCCGACCACCACAACAGCAGUUCCAUCCUCAACCAUAGCAGCUCCAACACCGACUAACGCUGUACGGCCCACAACAACAGCUGCUCCAACUACGACAACUGCUGCUACAACCACAACCACUACGGCUCCAACCACAACAACAGCAUCUCAAUCCACAAUAAGAGCUGUUCCAACCACAACUACAGCAGCUCCAACCACAACCACCACUGCUCCAUCCGUAACAGCAACUCCAAAAGCAACAACAGCAGCUCCGACCAAAACCACUGCUGCUCCGACCACAACCACUGCUGCUCCAUCUACAACAGCAGCUCCAACCACUACAACAGCAGCUCCAACCACAACCGCAGCAGCUCCAACCACAACAACAGCUGCUCUAACCACAACUAACCCUGCUCCAACCUCAACUACAGCUGCUCCAACCACAUCCACAGCAGCUCCAACCACAACCACCGCUCCUCCGACCACAACAACAGCUUACAGCAGCUCCAGUCAAAACAGCAKCUCCAACCACAACUACAGCUGCUCCAACCACAACAACAGCAGCUGCAACCACAUCUACAGCAGCUCCAUCUACAACAGCAGCAGUUCCAACCACUACAACAGCAGCUCCAAUCACAACCGCAGCUGUUCCAACCACAACUACAGCGGCUCCAACCACAACCAUUGCUACUCCGACCACAACCACUGCUGCUCCGACCACAACCACCGCUGCUCCAUCUACAACAGCAGCUCCAACCACUACAACAGCAGUUCCAUCCACAACCACAGCACGGCUUCAGCCACAACAACAGCAGCUCCAACCUCAACUACAGCAGCUCCAACCACAUCCACAGCAGCUCCACCCACAACCACCUCUCCUCCGACCACAACAACAGCUACUCCAACCUCAACAACAGCUGCUCCAACCACAACUGCAGUAGCUCCACCCACAACAACAGCAGCUCCAACAGUAACAACAGCAGCUCCAACCACAACCACAGCUUCUCCAACCUCAACCACAGCUUCUCCAACCACAACUACAGCGGCUCCAACCACAACUGCAGCGGCUCGAACCCUCCAACCACACCCACCGCUGCUCCAACACAGCUCCAAUCACAACUACUGCUCCUCCAACUACAACUACAGCAGCUCCAACCACAACAACUGCUCCUACCUCAACAACGGCUGCUCCCACCACAAUCACUGCUGCUCCAACCACAUCUACAGCAGCUCCAUCUACAACAACAGCAGUUCCAACCACUACAACAGCAGCUCCAACCACAACCGCAGCUGUUCCAACCACAAAUACAGCGGCUCCAACCACAACCACCACUGCUCCAACCGUAACAGCAACUCCAAAAGCAACAACAGCAGCUCCGACCACAAACACUGCUACUCCGACCACAACCACUGCUGCUCCGACCUCAACCACCGCUGCUCCAUCUACAACAGCAGCUCCAACCACUACAACAGCAGUUCCAACCACAACCACAGCAGUUCCAACCAUAACCACAGGUGCUCAAUCCACACCUACAGCGGCAUCGGCCACAACAACAGCAGCUCCAACCUCAACUACAGCAGCUCCUACCACAUCCACAGCAGCUCCACCCACAACCACCGCUCCUCCGACCACAACAACAGCUACUCCAACCUCAACAACAGCUGCUCCAACCACAACUGCAGUAGCUCCACCCACAACAACAGCAGCUCCAACCGUAACAACAUCAGCUCCAACCACAACCACAGCUUCUCCAACCUCAACCACAGCUUCUCCAACCACAUCUACAGCGGCUCCAACCACCACUGCAGCGGCUCCAACCGUAACAACAGCAGCUGCAACAACAACAGCUCCAACCACAGCAGCUCCAACCACACCCACCGCUGCUCCAACCGUAACAACAGCAGGUCCAACAACAACAACAGCUGUCCCAAACACAACAAUGGCUACUUCAACCACAACUACAGCAGCUCCAAUAACAACUACUGCUCCUCCAACUACAACUACAGCAGCUCCAACCACAACAACUGCUCCAACCACAACAACGGCUGCUCCCACCACAACCACUGGUGGUUCAACCACAACAACAGAAGCUCCAACCACAACAACAGCAGCUCCAACCACAUCUACAGCAGCUCCAUCUACAACAACAGCAGAUCCAACCACAUCUACAGCAGCUCCAUCUAUAACAACAGCAGCUCCAACCACAUCUACAGCAGCUCCAUCUACAACAACAGCAGCUCCAACUACAAYAACAGCAGCUCCAACCACAACAACUGCAGCUCCAACCACAUCAACGACCACAACAAUGGCAGCUCCAACAACAACGGCAGCUCCAACAACAACGGCUGCUCCAUCCUCAACAACGGUUGCUCCAACCACAACAACGACUGCUCCAACCACCACAACGGCUACUCCAACCACAACAACGACUGCUCAAACCACAACAACAGCUGCUCCAACCACAAACACAAUUUCUACAACAGCAACAACUACCGUUGGCACAACUGA